AUAGCGGUUUCCAAAAUGUCGGGGGAAGUGUAUCUCCUGUGGCUCCUUUCGCUCCUACAAACGCUGUCGGCGUUCGGCGCUGACCUGACGUCGGAGGCCUGCCGGGAGAUGGGCUUCUCCAGCAACCUGCUGUGCAGCUCCUGCGACCUGCUGGGCGAGUUCAGCCUCAGCAGUCCAGCCGUCUGCCGGCAGUGCUGCCAGCAGGAGGCCCAGCUGGAGGCGCGCAAGCUCUACCCAGGGGCCAUCCUGGAAGUCUGUGGAUGAAAAUUGGGGAGGUUCCCCCAAGUCCAAGCCUUCGUCCGGAGUGACAAGCCAAAGAUGUUUCGAGGUCUUCAGAUCAAGUACGUCAGAGGCUCGGACCCCGUGCUGAAGCUGCUGGACGAGGCGGGGAACAUGGAGGAGGAGCUCAGCAUCCUCAAGUGGAACACGGACAGCGUGGAGGAGUUCCUCAGCGAGAAGCUGGAGCGCAUCUAGAUCAUGACGGCAUCCCUUUAAUGCUCUCUUAUCAAUUCCCUUUUCAUUAAUUUUUGUAGCCUGCCCGAUGAGUAACUGAUUGACUAGACUGUCUUUUGUACCAAGGUAAAAUCAAUUAUACAAGCAAAGAAAGAUUAAUUUCUUCUUUUUGAGAGUUUAGGCCAAAUUAUAUUUCCCAGAGGAGUCGUUAGUAGAACAUCAUCACUGAACAAAGGGACCUUAAAGUGUAGAUUUAAUCAUGUGCUGAAUUUUCCAAACUAAUCAGUUUUUCGCGGAAUUACCAUCCUUUUUUAUUUUCCUUUUUUACCUUUAAAGUCCUUGUGCUUAUUUUCUUUGUUUUGUUCCAUUGCUCGCCCCUUCAUCACCACCAGGUGUGUGAUUAGGGGCCCCUCCAUGAUUGGGCCUCAGUGGCCCUCCGAUCGGGGGCGCUGUUGCCAGGAGACAGACUCUAGUGACGAGCUCACAGUAAACCAGUUUGUCCUGGCGUGUGAGGUCUGAUGUGUGUGUGUUCCCCCGGUGAGCGUUCCUCUUGGCAGAGACACUGAGGCUCUUCAAUGCCCUUUUGUUUUUGAGUGGUUGAGUCGUGUGGUUGCUAUGGAACAAUAAAAACAAUCUUUCACCGA